AAGGUCAGUAAAAACCCUAACGUGCUAACUAAAACCUCACAGUCGAAGACGAAGAAGAGGAAGAAGAACCGCCAUCGCGACUAAGCGCUUAGUGGAAGCUCAGAAAUUUUGAUUCAUGGCUCGAUUCCGCAAUAGGAAGAAGAAGGUGUUUGUGAAGCCGGUUGUGAAGAAGCAGCAGCCCAACGUGGAUCAUGUCACUGGUGAUAAAAUCCCAAAGAGUUUCGUGUUUUCAAGAGGGAAGUUGCCCGGUCCUCUCCAGCAGCUUCAGAUGGAUUUGAGAAAGUUGAUGCUACCUUACACUGCUCUUAAACUUAAGGAGAAGAAGCGGAAUAAUCUUAAAGACUUCUUAAAUGUUGCAGGACCAAUGGGUGUAACACACUUCCUCAUAUUGUCCAAAACUGAUACUGCACCUUACUUGAGGGUUGCAAAGACCCCACAAGGCCCUACUCUUACGUUUAAAAUACAUCAAUAUUCACUGGCAGUUGAUAUUGCACAGUCUCAGUUGCAUCCUAGAUGUCCCCAAGAUCUUUUCAAAAAUGCCCCUUUGAUUGUUAUGUCUGGUUUUGGGAAUGGAGGUGAACAUUUAAAGCUCACAACCACCAUGUUUAAGAACAUUUUUCCAGCCAUUGAUAUUAAUACUGUCAAACUUUCUUCUUGCCAGAGAAUUGUUUUGCUUAAUUACAAUGAAGAAACAAAGCUUAUUGAUUUUCGGCAUUAUUCCAUCAGACUACAGCCUGUAGGUGUCUCUAGAAGAAUUAGAAAAUUUGUGCAGAACCAUCAAGUACCUGAUCUUAGGAAUCUUCAAGAUGUGAGUGACUUUGUGACCAAGGCUGGUUAUGGAUCAGAAAGUGAAGGAGAUGAUGAAGCAGCAACAGUUACUUUGGUCAGUGAUCUUGGUAGAGUCAAUCGAGCUUCUACCAAAAGUGCUGUCAAGCUUCAGGAGAUUGGACCUAGAAUGACUCUUCAGCUCAUAAAAAUUGAGGGGGGAUUAUGCUCUGGUGAAGUUAUGUUUAAUGAGUAUGGAGAUGGUGGCAACAAGAAGAGGCAGGAUGUGAAAGAUCUUAAAGAACACAAGGAAGAUGAAGAGGACAGUGAUGAAAAUAUGGAACAAGGUGACGAAGAUAGCAAUGAAAAUGAAGCAGAUAGCGAUGAAAAUGAGGAAGAAGAUAGUGAUGAAAAUGAGGAAGAAGAUAGUGAUGAAAAUGAUGAAGAGGAUUAAUAAUGAAGCACAAGCAUGGUUUUUGCAUGCAAUCAAGCAAUGAAAUGGCUUUAAGGGUUUUCUUCUUCUGAUAGAGGUGGUCUCAUUCAAGAAUCUUGUGCAUCUAUUCUUCCCUUUGUUUUUCCUAAUGUUGUGAAAGAUGCAUAGAUUGGGUUGAGUAAGGAUUCAAAAGUUGGGUAACUGUUGUGUUAUUCUUGUUUUUUCAAUUAACUUAUAGGAAGAAACUCUGUAAUCAAAGUAUAACAGAAGAAAUUCAUGAAUUAAUC